AUGAAUUCUCUCCUCGUAUCCGUGGUCGUAGCGAGCCUCACGGCCGCUUUUACGGCCUCCCAGAAAGUGCAGGUGGAUCAGGGCGAGAUCCUGCUGUCGACGGUGCCGAACGAUACCGUAGACGCAAGUCUCGUCAGGUUCGCGCUGAUCUCGUCGAAUCGGGCCACCGUCAGGGCUACGUUGGGCCCCUACCAGUCUAGUCAGACGGUCUAUCAUAACCGUUCGGACGCUGAGCUUUCCGCGCACGCAGUCCACAGCAUCGUCUACCGACAUAAUCCCCAGGUCCGCGUGGUUUUCCACGCGAACCAGCGGGAUUUCCGGCCGCUCUGCAUCACGCUCUACGGUCAUCUUGUGGACUCGAAGAAAGCGCCUCUGCUCGCGAAAUGUCAACCCGUAAAAGAGAAUUCCGCCUGCAUGGCCGAACUCAUCGUCCCUGCAGAUUGGUGGCCGAACGCGUGGCUCGAGAACGGCGCUGGCGGCUCGUCCCACAAAAGCAAAAAAAGCAAGCCCCACAUCGAGUUGACGUACGCCACCUCGGACGACCUCAACUGUCAGAUGGGCGGGCUCAACUCCGAGCUCAAAUCCGACGCUGCGAAGGAAUCGUCCCCGAAGCACAUCGCCCGAAUUCCGCUCAGUCCCGUGCACGCCACCUACGAGAAAAUCACCAUGAAGGACUCGCCGGUCGAGGUGUUCCUUCCGGAGAAUCCGCUCUACCCGAAAAACGUCAUCUACGCUCCCGUGUUCGUCAAGCAGAACGUGCGGCAGUUCGUGAUCGGGGCGAACAUCGUAGGCGGACUACACGUCGAACGACUCGAGCCCGUGGCGAAGCACGUCUGGAAGCUCGCCAUCGAGACGACGGGCAACCAGAAAAUUCGCAUCACAUGCAGCCGCAUCGACGACUCGCCGCUGGCCUCGAUGACGGGACAGGCGGAACACGUUUUCGACAUCCUGUUCCGAGUCGAUACGGACCCCGAUGUGCUGAUGUCGACCGAGCAGGCGAUCGAGUGGGUAAUCGACGAGAAGAUUCAGGCCGUUUCCCAGCUGAACAUUCAGAAAGACAAGGUGCAGAACAUCCUGGUCAUAACGCGGAGUCGCGACCUCAUCAACACCGCCAUCAUCACGGGAAGUCAGGUUUCGCAGCUCGUGAAGCUGAUUAUGAUUUCGGAGGCGGGUCAGAUGAGCGACGUCACUCACAAAGCAUCAUGUCAUUCUAGCGACGAGUCCGUACUCAAAGUGUCUCCGUCGUGUACGUCGAUCUACUUGGACGGUUCGGAGAGCCGCUCAUCGGCCAACGUUUCCAUCCACGUCAAGUACUCGGGCCACAUGAGCGAGAGCUAUUUCACCGUGUGGACGCCCGAGACCCCGUUCACGAUCAGCGUCUCGGACGAGAAGCUCAGCCACGUAAAACAGUGGCACGCUCCUCCGAGCACGCCGCACAACUGGCAUCGGAACGCCAUACCCAAGGAUGAGUGCAAACUACGCUUCCAACAGAGCAUCGUCAAGGUCUACACCCGCUUCGUCUCUAUCAACCACAACUCCGGCCGGGAGAAUUAUCUGCUGGGAAAGAGACGUCUCGUCGCUGACAUCACCGAUAUGGUGCAUAUCCGCAGCUCGAACUCUCACGUCGCUUCCUUCGUCGCACCGAACAUUCUCAGCGGAGUGCAUCCCGGAAAGGCAGACAUCCAGGUCGUCGCGCCCACGACCGGGAAAAUCCUCGCCACGAAAUCCCUCCGAGUAACGGCCGAGAAAGAAGUCAUUACGUCGCUGAACGCUCGAGUCGUCUCGGGCCUGAACCUCGCCGUGGUUUCAGACGUCGAGAACACAAACAACAAUAGGGAGAGCAGCCAUUCUGAACGAGCCAUCUACGUCGCGAAAGUCUCCACGGAUGAGAAAAUGACUUCCCGUUAUCAGGAAGCCGUUCUCGACGUGACCCUGCGCUUCUCCGACGGCACCGAGAUGCCGUUGGAGAAUUUCAGUCCGACCGAAUACAACAUCACGGUCGAAACGCUCGAUUCGAACGUCGUCGUUGUCGCUCCGAACCAGAUCGGCAACACCGGCGCUCAUCCCCGUAUCAUUUGCGUAGGUCAGGGAUCGGGAGACCUGCUCUCGAUCACGCUCGAAACGAGCGACCUGUGCGUCAAGCGAGGAGGAGCCAUCCAGGACGCUGCUGUCUACGUAUCCUGCAUGCCCAGCAAUCCCGAUAACUACCUGUACCAGGACGCUCAAGUUCCCCGUAAAUACAGCGCCGCCGUCACAUUCGAAUUGCAGCCGCAAAGCCAUAAGAACCCGCACUAUCCACUGGUGAACCAUCACCUGAACCAUUUGAACGGAGGUCCGCUCCAAGUGGGUCUCUACACCCUGUUCGGCGUUUUCUGUAUGGCGCUCCUCGCAUUCGUGGCUUCGUGCAGUGUUUUCGCCGUGCACAUCAAGAACACGCGUCAGCAAAACACAAAAGAUAACUCUCAGGACUGGGUCUGGCUCUCCAAAGAAACCCUCGAACAGGCCGUUCGGCCGAAGAACGUCUCCAAGUUCGCGAACAUCGUCGUCAAUCCCAUGGGCGACCUGGAAACGUCCAGGAAUCUCGGCAGUUUCGUGUGCAGCGAUGGCUUCGGCGCCAACAUCUGCCAGAACGGAGACCUCGCUCGCAACAUCGGCAACAGCAAUAACGCGGGCGGUAAUCUACGUCAGGAGAGCCGCAUCGUGCUGCCUGGCAGGGCUCGUCCGCUGCCCAGCGAGCCGAUCGACGUUCGCAACAAUAACGUUCCCGCAGAUAACAAUAACGAUCACACGAACAUCGACAUGAAUCACCACGUUCUGGGGGGACACGCCGCCCGCAACCCCGCUGUCGAUUCACUCUCGUUCAACCAGAUCUUCGGUAGCGGCGCGGAAGGCACGGACAAGGCUUCCCCGUCCACCGAUAGUGGGCUCGUCCAAUCGCCCGGUUCGGAAUCCGUCAACGAAGUUACUGUGCGCUCGAACCUGCUGGCCGAAGUCGAAGAGCUCGGCUCGGCCCGGUUUUCGGCCGGUUCACCAAGUGCCGCCAGCUGCGCUAGCGGCAUCAUCCCCGCCCCGGCCGUCGUGGGCAGAACCGGCAGCGGUGGUGGCAGCAGCAGCAGCAGUGCGUCUCGAAGCAUCAUCGUAAACCCCAUCGACGAGUUGGGUGAAGACGAAUUGGAACCUCCACCCGUGCCUCCGCACCGUCAGCCAGGAAGUAACGAUACCCUCAACUGGCGGCGCCUCGAACGGCAAUACAAUAACAACAGGGAGAAACUUGCCGAAUACCUCGACUCGCUACAGGAGUCGAUCGCCUAA